AUGAUCAGCGCAUACCGGGCUACAUUAGUGGCUACGUGCGGCGUUUCUGGCAGCACCGAUCACCGCGGCACCCCGGAGCAACCGGGCCGAGUAGUCACCGUAAUUGAGCGAACCUUCUGGGAGACCUUGGACGAUCCGCUCGCCCACCUAGAAUCCGAAGCAUCCUCCACAGGCAAGGUCUGGGGCGCAGCAUACCACAUCCCAGCAUCCCACGCCGAAGAAGUCCACGACUACCUCGACGACCGAGAGAUUGACGGGUACAGCGCGCACUACACGCCAUUCCAUCCUACAGUGGAUAUUGAAGGAGCCGACGGCACGUCCGGCUCGCCAAUCAUUUGCAUGCUCUACGUCGGCCAGCCAACCAACCCACAGUUCCUGCGUAACGCAGCUGAGCGCGAGCCGCAGAAUGUGGCACAGGUUAUCAGUGCUGGGCAUGGGCUGAGUGGGAAGGGUUCUGAGUAUUUGUUCUUGCUGGAGAAGGCUCUAGAGGGUCUUGGACUUGGGACUGCGGAUGUUCACGUUACAGAUUUGGUUAAGAGGGUUAAGGCUAUUGAGGCCGAGGGGCUUGCGGAGGCUGAAGAGGAGGAGGCAGGACUUAAGGUUAUUAGGUCUUUGGAGGGCUUGGCUGAAGAGUUUGAUCGUGAGAACGGCCGUGGGACGAUUGAAUGA